AUUCGGCUGCACUGUCGAGGAAGCCCAUAUCUCGGGUAGAUGAGAUCUAGGCGUGCCGCAUUUACUCGUCUAGUCACGAUUGAGGAACCAUCGACAUAAAUUAUCUGUCUUCCGUUUCACGGACGUUGUUGAAGGUGUUUAACUAUGUCUCCAAGAGAUAUAGAACAACAGACAUUUGAUAUUAUUAGUUGCUUCUUUGAAGAGGAGCAGAACCCAGUAUGUAAUCGGAGGGUGGACGGAGGCAUUGAGUCUGAUGGACCUGGCGAUGAUGACGGGUUUGACCCAGUUGUAAUAGCUGAUAAACUGAGGGAACUUGGAGAUGAUUUUGAUGUUACGUUUAUCCAGCCUCAUAUCAGAAAACUCCAACAAGCAGUUGCAGACAAGGCGGUGGAGGAGUUUGCACGUACCGUGGACAGCCUGUGUGCGACCCAGAGAGCAGAGGUGGCCCCUGAGAUGCAGCUACUGAGGGCCUCCAUGGCCCUGGGUCUGUACGUUAAGAAGACCUGUCCUGACCUUAGAGCCACCAUCCAGUCUUGUAUGACUGCCUUCAUUAACACCCGGCUGGCAGGCUGGAUCACCCAGCAGGGAGGAUGGGAUCAAGUUACUAUGGUAUAAAAACAUGGAGAAGAUGUCAUCCACAUCAUUUUUGUACAAUGAGGAAGAGGUCUUAACUCCUCAAGUCUGUAUAUGUGUUAAGUCUUCCCUCUUUCUUUCUUUCUUCCCUCUUUCUUUCUUUCUUCCCUCUUUCUUCCCUCUUUGUUUCUUUCUUCCCCCUUUCUUUCUUUCUUCUUUCUUUCCUCUUUCUUUCUUUCUUCUUUCUUUCCUCUUUCUUUCUUUCUUCCCUCUUUCUUCUUUCUUUCUUUCUUCCCUCUUUCUUCUUUCUUUCUUUCCUCUUUCUUUGUUUCUUCCCUCUUUCUUUCUUUGUUUCUUCUUUCUCCCCUCUUUCUUCCCUCUGUCUUAUGUUCCUGUCAUGGCCAUUUGAACUUGCCAGUUGUAUUCCCUCUUCACUUCCCCUAAGUUGGUUCUUUGAGGAAGAGACUGCGUCCCACUAUCAACAGAAUGUGACGUCGCCACUGACUUUUUGACCGUCCUCUCCUUGUUAUAAGCAAUGGGCAACUGCAUCUGAAGUAACGUUGCAUAUUGGAAUCAUGACGUAUUGCAAUCCAUGGCAUUUUCUACGUCACAUUAUCAAAACAAGCAAUAUGUUUUUGUAGAAAAACAAUCCGUUGCAAUGUUCUGUACUUUCGAAGCCCUUUCCUGAACAAUAGAGGCAGGUUACCAGAUGAUCACAACAAGCUUUCAUUUUUAAGCCGAUGGACUGUCUUUCAUUUAAUGUGAGGAUGAACUUUGACCUAAUAACAUGACUCACAAUAAAAGUCCAUGUAAUCACCGAAGCUGUGAUGUUAAAUACUUGAAAAUGAACCGUCACUGAGUCAUGCAUCGCUUGAUGGAACCUCAAACGCUUUGUCUUGUUUGACCAUGUUUUCUAAUAUGCUCUUAUCCUCAAUCACUCUGCUUGUUAAACAUGCUUAUUGUUAGCUCUACUCAACAAAUCAAUGUACCACUUUGUUAAAUGUGUGUGUUGCUGGUGUUAGCUAAUCUUGAUUUGAGUAGAAGGAAAAAGUCUUUAAUAUGAUAUGCGUUAAGAAAACGAAUUAGUGUUAACUAACUGUGAGUUAAGAGUUAUUUAUAGUUUUGUAGACUUCCUCAGAGCUUGUAGAGGGAAACUACAGUAGUAAAGUGCCUCUGGUCAAAGUCAGUAUUGUUUCAAUGUCAACUCUGACUCAUACCAUUUACAGUCACUUCACCUAUAUUAAAGAUGCACAGAACCACCGUGUGGAAAUGGACCAAAGGGAAUUAGAAAGUAGAUAAGGUUUUAUUGACCUUUUUUUUCAAAUGUACAUUUGUGCCUAUUUGUGUGUAAUUCUGUCUGGUUUUAAUUAAACAUGGAGCUUUGUUGUGAAGUCUCA